ACUUGAGUGCGCGCGCUCCCGCGUCUCGCGCGCUCCGAGUCCAGCUGUUGUUCCACGAGACUUUGUUUUAUUCACACGUCAUUCCGCCGCUGGAGUUACGUGUCCGCGGCGUCACGGAGCGUUUAGCGCAGUGAGCGCCGCUGCUGUUUACGCCGCUCCUCCGCCGCGCGGCGCCGCGGUCUCGGGACGGUGCCGCGUGAAUGAAAAACCCUCCGGAAACAUGAGCCGGACCCGCGGAGCCCCGAGCCGCAGAAGAGCCGGGGCCGGAUCCAGAUGAGCGGCAGCGCCGGAGCAGCGGAGCCGCGGCUCACUGCGGAACACUGCGGCGCGGCGAGGAGCGAACACAGAGCGUGAGCGCGGCACAGCGCGGCACAGCGCGGCACAGCCACACGGAGCCAACAUGUCGUUGCAGAUCGUGGGUCUGGGCAGUGAGUGUGCGUCGGGGGCAUCGUCGGAGGAGCUCAUGAGUCAGGGGCAGCUGCAGGGGGCGCUGUUGUGGAGUUACCUGGGCCCCGGGGCAGAGGGGGCGCCGGAGAGCACCCUGCACCCGCCCUUCAUGGAGUACAACGCCCGAGUGUUCAACGACGUCACCGUCACCGUCAGAGACUGUCCCGACUGGGAGCUGCUGGACAGUGAGUGGACGGCGGUGAGGAAGGCCGUGGAAAAGGCCGACAUUCUGGUGGUGAAGUUCUGCGUCUCAGAUAAACAAACUUUCUCGUGGCUUCGCGGCGUCUUCGGUCCGAGGCUCCGCCCCCUCGUGCGUCACUGCGGCGUCCCCGUGGUGCUGGUCGCCGUGGGCGCCCGCCUCAACGAUGAGGCCCCUCCCUGUAGUUGUCCUCUGUGCGUCUCAGAUUGGAGACACUGUGUCCCUCACUGCGAGGGCCUCGCUCUGUCUCGGGAGCUGGGGGCCACGUACCUCGAGCUGCCGUCCCUCAACCACGUGUUUGUGGGGCGAUACUUCGGCAGCGUGUUGGAGUAUUUCAUGAUUCAGUGUCUGAAACACAAAGAUCGACACGAAAAACGGCGAGGAAACAAACUGCACGACCUCCGACCCCCGCACCUCGAGCAGCCAGCUCGUCUUCCUCCGAUCCGUGUGGAGGAGUCUUCGUUCUGUCAGGACCUGCAGUGGUUACUCGAGCGCGGCGUUCAGUUCGCCGACGUGGCGUUUUUCAGCUCGGACUCGGGUCAGGAGCUCGGCUGGGGUCACGCCGCCGUCCUGUGUGCGGCCAGCCCCUACUUCAGGUCGCUCCUGCUGGGACCCAAGACCAGGGAACGGCCUCAGUCUCGAUGCGUGUGCAGAGGAGACCCCGCCCCCCACUCGCUGAUGUCGUGCGAGGCCGCCAUCGUGGAGGACACGCCCCCUCGGCAGACGGACGCGCUCCUGAGCUCCGCCCGCCUCUCCAGACUCGUGGUCAAAGACCCUCUGCUCUGCAUGUGUCUGUGGGAGACGCUCAUGUUCAUCUACAGAGGUGCGUGGGAGUGGGAGCACCUGCAGGAGGCGCUGGAGGAGAAGCUGAAGAAUCCUCUGGCCGUGGCUCAACUUCUGGAGAGAAUCAGAUCUCUGCUGGGGCGAGACCGGAGUGUGCGGGACACGCCCAGCGCUCGUGCGGCUCAACUCGGACCCCAGACUCUCGUCAAUCUGUUCAACUCCCCCCUGUACUCUGACGUCAUCUUUAUGGUACAAGGCAGCGUGCUCCCGGCGCACAGGGCCGUGCUCGUCGCUCGCUGUGACGUCAUGGCGGCCAUGUUUAGCGGUAAAUACGCGGAGGCGCGCAGCCGCGUGGUGCCCAUCCACGGCGUCUCCUCCGACACCUUCCUGUCCUUCCUGGAGUAUCUCUACACUGACUCCUGCUGCCCAGCGUCGGUGCUUCAGGCCAUGGCGGUGCUCGUCUGCGCAGAGAUGUACCAGGUGAAGCGCCUGCAGCACCUGUGCGAGGUCUGCGUCUGCGCAUACCUGCAGAGUAUGCCCAGCCGAGAGCUCGCGUCCACGGGCAUCAGCGUCGUCCGACUGCUGCGGAGAGCCAAGUGUCAUAACGCCGAGCAGUUGUACGUUUGGCUUCUUCACUUCAUCGCCAACAACUACCUGAUCUUCAGCCACAAACCCGACUUCCUGGAGCUGUCAGAGGAGGAGCGGGACACGGUGGAGCGGUUGCGGUGGCCGUCUAGAGGAUACCUGCAGGAGCUCAGCGAGUAUCAGCAGAAGCGACGCAAACUGCGCAAGUCCAGAUGCGCCGUCAUGUGACCUCUGACUCCGCCCCCCCCACGCCGCGCGGAAACUCUGACCUCACCGCGCCGAGGACCAAUCAGCUGUGAGCGCCGGGGUCAGCUGAUCCGGGACGCUGAGGUCAUGUGACUCGAUCGCUGCAAAAACAAAAGAAGAAAAAAUAAAAAUAAUAAACAAAAAUCUGAUUCUCAAAGUUUAAACGACUCGAGUUCAGAAUAUUUUAGUUUUUUUUAAGUUUUGAAUCAGUUCAGAAUUUGAAAUUUUAAGAAAUUUAAAAUAUAAAAUGUAAAAGUAUCGAAAAUCUGAACAGAAUCG